AUGUGCAGUACUACAAUUGUUCCACCUUUCUAUGACUUGGAGCCUGGUGCUCCACCACCUCUUCCCCCAAUGCUCAUGGACCAGCUAGAGCUGUUUGGCAAUGCCAAUUGUCACCUGACUACACUUAUUGCUGAUGAAAUCCUAGUUCCUAAAGCUAGUAUCAUUCCCACUGCAAGGGCUUCAUUGUCUACACCUGCCCCUGAAUUCAAGCUUGCGAAGCAGAUGUGCAAGCAUUCUGAUCACUCUUCCUCUCCAUACACCAAGAAAGUCAUUUCCAUGCACUCCCAUUCUCAAAUGCCUUCACCCUCAGAUUCCUCAGGCUCUUUGGAUUCUUUCUCAGAUAGCGACUCCUCAACUUCAAGCAUGAGUUUAUCAGAAGACUCAAAGAUUCCUAACCCUGCCAGUGAACCUGGGUGUCCAGGGCGUGGGGGGUACACACUUCGUGAAGCUUUAGAUUGGAAUCCAAAGGCAUAUGCAAAAUUCAAGGUUCUGUUAGGUACCAUGCCAACUCAGGAAGCAGAGGGGUCAGGGCUUGGCUUCAGCUCUUGCGCUGCGCCCUUAGCCGAGUAUGUGCCCCAAAUUUGGAGCGGGUCUGACAUUGUCCGACGGUAG